GUCUUCUUACUGGGAGCCUUCUUGUACAGACAGAACAUGGAAUCAAACAUAUGAAUCCAGGAGGGCUAAUCAUGAACAUUUAGUUGGAAAAAUGGAGAAGGAUUCUGGGUCUCCAUCCUCGUCUGUCAGCACCACGGGUUCGUGCCCUGUCCUGAAGGGACCCUCACCAGCUCCUAAACAGAUUCCUUCUCCCCCUGCAUCUAAUAAACCUGCUGCACCUUCUCAGCCUAACAAAUCAACAUCUCCAUCAAGUCCCGGAAAAUUAUCUGAUUUCUCUUCAUCAUCCACACAAGCUAUUCAUUUGGAUAAAUCAAAGCCAGUGUCUUUUGCUGAAUCUGUGUCCUCAGAACGUUUGUCUGGUGAGAUAACUGAAAAACCUCAACCAGGUUCUUCCAACACGUCUGUCUCCAAAACAACAAGCAUGUCAUCUUCUGCAAAGUUUGAAUCUACCUGUCCUGGAUCACCUUGCUCUGGCUCCAACACUUCCCCCUCUGGAGCUACUUCCACAAAACGCAGCUUUGCCUCUGUGGCUAAGCAGGUGAUAAUGCAGGAGAGACUCAGGAAAGCAGAGGAAGAGGAUGCAAAUGAUGAAGAAGAUGAUGAAGAACUAGAAGAAGACGUGAGUGUGGCUCAGAUGGAGGAGAAGGCCAACACUGGUGAUGCCAGAGCUCAGACCCGGUUGGGUCAGCACUUCUUGAUACUUGCUGAAGACAAAGACCCAGAUCUCAACAACUGCCUGGCAGUUAACUGGCUAAUCAAAGCAGCUAAACAGGGAAGAAUGUCCGCAGCGAGACUUCUUCAGCGCUGUUGGAUCCAGAAAAAAGGAGUAACUCCAGAAAAUGAGGCUGACAUGCGCAAGUUGUCAAAAGAGGGCAAGUUUGAGCUGGCAGUACGCAAAGCAGCCAUGAUGAUGUACUGGAGGCUCAACCCAGACAGGAAGAAAGAAGUGUCUGUCUCUGAGCUGCUCCAAAAUGUCAGCCAGGUCAACGCAGUGCCAGCAGGGGGCACAGCAAGCAGAAUCCCUGUUCCUACUUCAGGCCAGACCCAGAAAGUAUUAGAGAGCAUGGUCAGCACUGAUGCCAAACAGCUGGUGGACCUGGAUGACUUUGUUGAAAUGACGAAAAAGUAUGCACAAGGCAUUGUCCCUAGUGUCCCUCAAAAUGGAGGCCAGGCCUCAACAAAAAUUGAAAGUCCUGACCUGCUGGAUAGAAAAGGGAAGGACAAGUCUGGGGUAGUUCCUAAAGAACAUAAGAAGGUCCAGAAACAUUCUUGGAGCUUUGGUUACAGUGGGAUGCUGCCGGACGCCAAGCAGACAAAUGCCAUGAAGUCACACCUGAUGAUGCUGCAAUACCCACUUCAUGCAGUUAUUGAGAUGAAAGAGCACCUCUUUGACUGGGCAUCAAGGGCAGGCGUCCAGUGGUUGAGCACGCUCAUCCCUACACAGCAUGUCAACGCCCUCAUUUUCUUCUUUAUCAUCAGCAACCUGACUGUUGACCUGUUUGCUUUUGUUAUACCCCUGCUUGUCUUUUACCUCUCCUUCACUGCCAUGAUUAUCUGCACUCUAAGGAUCUUCCAGAGUAGCAAGACAUGGGAGAACUUCAAAGCCUUGACAUCCCUGCUGACUCGUUUUGAACCAGGUCUUGAUGUGGAGCAGGCGGAGACCAACUUUGGUUGGAACAACCUGGAGCAAUACCUUUACUUUAUCUUUUCCGUCUUUUUUGUGAUUUUCUCCUUCCCUGUUGCUGACAAAAAAUGGAUCCCUUGUUCUGAGCUCUCCACCGUGGCAAUUUUCUUCACAGUUCUCGGCUAUUACAGCCUCAGCCCAGCUGCAGCAGCAUAUGCACGUCGUGCAAUCUUUAUAGAGGUAGCCUCAAAUCUGUGUUGCCUGACACAAUUACUGCCAGAGGAUAUGACAGGACUUCGUUUUCUUGGUCACACAUUUACCACAGUGCCACUUGGGGAAUCUGUGGUACUGAAACUCAGCAUCCCCUGCCUUCUGUAUAUCUACCUUUUCUACCUGUUUUUCAGCAUGGCAAGAACCCGUGGAUUUCGGGGGACCUACUGCUUCCUGAUCCCAUAUCUUGUAUGCUUCAUGUGGUGUGAGUUUUCAGUGGUCCUCCUACAAAAUUCCUCUGCUGUUGGAUUAAUCCGCACCUGCGUGGCAUACUUCCUCUUCUUGUUUGCACUCCCAGUUCUGGUGUUUGGCCUUGUCAUCAUGCUCUUCAUCCAGCUGUUUAAAUGGUUCAUAGAACUAGAGCUGACAAAGAUGAUUGUGACCCUGGUGAUAUGUGCAAUUCCCGUCACUCUGCGGCUCUGGACACGGUUCAGUAUGUCAAUUUUGGAUGUUCUGCGCUCAUUUACGCACUGGGGUCCAGUCAAAUUCAUCUUACUCUGCAUUUCCAUGGUGAUCCUGUUGUUUUCGGUAUAUGUAUACCAUGCAGAGGGACAGAAGGUGUAUAACUCUACUCUGACAUGGAACCAGUACAGCCAGGCUUGUGGGCCUCCAGCCUGGGAAAGCAAAGGCAUGGCCCAGACUCAGAUCUUCUGCAGCCACCUGCAAGGGCACAGAGUCACCUGGACUGGACACUUUAGGCACGUCCGGAUUGCUGAGACAGAGAACGGUCCACAGUCUGUCAUUAAUAUGCUGCCAGUGUUUAUUGGGGACUGGAUGCGCUGCUUGUAUGGUGAGACAUAUCCCAAGUGUGAUCCAAAGAAUACAUCACUGGCAAACUCAACGUCAGCAGACAGUACUUUGUCAGGUCCAGUUUCUCUGGCCACACUGCUUAAAAUGCAAGAAGAAGAGGAGUUGUGUCAAAUUAAGGCUUUAGCCAAGCACACCUGCCACGUCAAGCGUUUUGACAGUUAUCGAUUUGAAGUGACGGUCGGAAUUAUCCAAGAUGGAAGCUCAGGAGCAGAGGAUGCAGCGAGAGAUAUUAUUCUUAUGGCCAGCAAUGAGUUUAGACAAGUUCUGCUCAAUCUGAAACCUGGUAACAUAGUAGAAUUCAGUACUAAGCUGGAUGGACGUUUAGGAGCAAAGGCUCCGGCCUUUGAGCUCAAAGCUAUCCACUGCCUCGACUGUGCUUCUUCAUGGCUGACUGGAGGCAAGCAGGUGAAGAUCGAGAGAGACUUCAGGCGUACAACAGUUAGAGCCUUCAAGUUUGCAUUUGACUUUUUCUUUUCACCGUUCCUGUCAGCAGAAAUCCGUACCUGAGAUUAAACAGACAACAAGAAACCUGAAUCUUUUCUUGUGAAAGGAUUUUUAAAUAUAAUUGAAAAUCCUAAUUGGUUUGUGAUUAAGGAAUAAGAUGCUUUUGGAAAGAGCAACAUUUUAAACCUUAAGUCAAACCUUUCUAAGUUUGCAUGCAAACUUGUUAUGCAAACUUGUUAUGCAAGCAAUCUUGUCAUCAGCAUUAGUGCUGUAGCUAAGCUAGUUAAAGCUGCUAAUUAAAUCCUUCCUCCUUCUACAGAGAAACAUUUGCAACCACCGGGUCUUAUAACAGCUGUUUACAUUUAUUAAGUAAAUAUAAUAAUUUAAUGUACACUCCAUAUAUAGACAUAUCAACUUUAUCAUUACCAAAAUGUAAAAAAUUAGUAAAUUCAUAAUUACAUUUAAAAUCUUUUACAUGAUUAAAAUAAUAAUAUUUCAAAUGGUUCUGAUAACCCUCAAAACAUUUUUUUUAUUGUGUGGUGUAGUUGAGACCUCUGGAGAGCCAGAGAUGGUGGGUGGACAUGUGUUUACAUUAAAACAUUACCUUAGUUGAAGUCAAACUUGUCAGAGUAAUGAUAAUGCGAUCUUUAUCAAGCAAUGUCUUGUACUAUGGAGCAAUGGUGGCAACCGAAGUAGGAGUUCGCCCUGCAAGUAGUUGAUAGGUUGCCUGUUUGAGACACUGCCCUUCUAUCUUUGUUGUUGGGUCCUUGGGCAAGACACUUUACCCACCUUACCUGCUGCUGGUGGUCAGAAGGACAGAUGGUGCUGGUAAGGAAGCCUUGCCCCAUGGUAACUGGCUACAAUCCAGUAGCUAGUCAUCAUCAGCAGAAUGUGAAUGUGUGUGUGAAUGGGAAUGACUGAUUACAUUGUAAAGAGUCUUUAUUAUGAGCUUUCAUAAUAAAAAGCUAAAUAAGUCUGAUGUCAUUUCAGUUAAUUAUUUAAUAUAUCUGGAAUCUGGACUGAUGCUUAAGAAUUUGUAAUGAAAUAUUGAGGUGGUUAUAUAGAUAACAGGUGACAGACAUAUGAACCUGAACCUUUAGUUUUGGCCUUGUGUUGAUUAUAGAAUAUCCAUAAUGGAGUCACAUUUGUACACCUGUAUUUAAACUGCUGAAUUUUUUGUUGAAAUACCAUUAAAAAUAGUCCAAAUGUUUACUUUCAUAACAAUGAACACUAUAUUUAAUCUUCUGGGCCAAGAUUUAAUUCUAAGUGGUUCAACAUUUACUAACAACAAAGAGCCAAAUUUGGAGUCUUGUUCUGUAUUAGAAUAAAAAUAUGACCCAUUUAAGAUAAACACCCAAACAGAAAUAGACAUGUUUUCAGAUAGUUUUAUUAAUGCACAUUCCUUUCAUCCAUGAAUAAGGUUUUUGUACAUUUACAUCUUUUUUUAGUAUGAUAGAUAUACACAUAAGAAGCACUGAGUAAUGGUAUCAUGCUGCUGCUGCUGCUGAUGUUGCUGUGACCCUAAACUUAAUGUCUUUCCCAGCUGAAUGGCAGUGGAUAUGACAGAUUUACAAGUCACUCAAUGACAACUUAAGCCAUUUUGUGUGUGGUUUCUCACAUUUGUGUUGAGCUGCUAUAAAAAAAAAUAAUAAUAAAAACAUUUAAUGCACAUUUGUGUCCUUACUCAGAAACAGAAACAGUAAAUGUACUGACAGAUGUGAGAAACUGUUGCCCAUUCAAAGCUCAGGUUUCAAAAAGAUCCAAAAUUGUUCACCACUUCUGCAAUAAUUUUGUUUCUCCUCCAUAUGUGGUCAACAUGCAGACCGCUCAAUAAUCCUAUCAGGACCAAGGUCACUUGAGAACAAUGUACUGCACCCUAGGAAAUAAAGCCAUUCCACAUCUACACGCUGUGUACCUAUAGCUUUCAUUUGUCGCAACCCAGAGCAGCACGCGGCACUGUGAGGUAUCAACUAUGACAACAAUAAUUCCUGUGAUACACUAUGAUAAAUUUAGACAAUAAGAAGUUUUUGGACAGUAAAGAUCUUUCAAUGAAUGCAUAUAAUGAGCUAUUGCACUGAUGAUGACCUCUGACCCUCGAGCGCCCUACAAAUAAGAACAAAACAGUUUUCAGCUUUUAUAUAGCUGAGUCAGGGUUUUUUUUUUUUUUUUUUAUAAACAAUGUGCAAGUUUUCCUUGAUUGUGAGAUCCCUUUUUAAAAUGUGCUUCUAUGAACAAGGCUCAUUUUGAUUUUCACACAUUAUAACAGUUACAUUUUUGUCUUAUUCACAGUAGUUUGCCAAAGUAAUCAUAAACCUUGAACUUUUUCAUCAAUUUGUCAUCUUACACCCUCACAUGUCUAUGCAUGUGAAGAAACAACACAAGAUAGUGCAUGAUUCUGAAAUGAAAGGGAGAAGAUGCAUGGUUUUCAAAAAUAUAUACAAUUAAAAAUAGUUAAAAGUCAGCUGUCCAUUUAUAUCAAAACCAUUUCCUUUUAUAUUUUUAAGUGAAACAAAGUGCAGUCAAAUGACUUCAGAACUUCUCUAAUCAAUAAUUACACUCCCUCUGUGUGCAACGCAAUCUCAGGAAAAAUCCAAUUGCUCUGUGAAGGCCACAGAGGGUUGUUAGAGAGAAUAAACAGCAUCAGAAAGACCAAGAAACAACUAAGAAACAUACCAAAGAUAUCAGUAGUAAAGAAGUUUAAAGUAAGGUAAUCCAAGCUUUGGACAUCCUAUUGAGAUGUGAGGAGUAUUAUCUAAAACUCUAAACCUAGACAAGAUAUCUGACCAAGCCAUAAGAAGUUCUGUUUGCACUUUGGUGCAAACAAUGUAGGGGACACAACAAAUGUGAAAAAAUGGGGUUUUGUCACAUGAGACCAAAAAUGAACUUUUUGCAUUUUGCAUCGUGCAAAAUGUUGGACGCAAAAACAGGUAAGAGUUACUGUACAUACAGAGCAAUCCUGUAAGGAAACUUAACAGGCUGUAAAAGACUUCAGGCUGAGGUGGAGGCCCACCUUACAGCAGUAAAAUUACCCUAAAAAACCAAACAGGGCCAUCUUAGAAUGGUUUAGUUGAAAAUAAAUUUCUGCUAAAACAGAUCUGUCAAAGAAUUAAGUCCAUUUAAAUAUCUGUGAGAGGACUUAAAAAUCAAAGAUCACAAACACUCUUUUUACUACCUGACUACGUUGAAGCACAGAAAAAUUGGCAAAAUGUAAGUUUGUUGAUGUGCAAGGCUGGUAUAGAUAUACUUACAUCUAUAAUUGAAGCAAAAAUGCUUCUUCAAAGCAUGGAUUCAAAAGGGCUGAAUUUUUUUUUU